CGGUUUACUACCGAGGACCUUCCGUCGAGAAAGGCGGAUAAUGUGUUUCAAAUCUAAUUUAAGUCACUUCGUUUAACCGCGGUGUCUUUUCCUUUCAUAAUAGUUUUGUUAUUAAUUCGAAUGUUUUUAUAAUGCUAUCGCUUCUUGAAUUGUGGUCGCUUUUACUGUAGUUUUGAGGUGAUUAAUACGAGUUUUAGGAUAUGGAGCAUCAUAAGCAAAGUGACAAAAUCGAACAGCCUCGUCCGUUAGCGGUUGGAGCAGGAAUGUGCUGCCUGUGUUGUUGUUGGCUGUUCGGGAAACAUGGACAGCCAGCGGGACGUUCAAAGUUCUAAACGACACGGAGGCACUAGGUCGUUACUGUCGGCCGGUUCCGCCACCGCCAUGGAGGUUAAACGCAAGAAAAUACGACAGAGCACUUUAUUCCAACAAACAGAGGCUAAAAGCAUGAAACAAUGUCCAAGUCUUCUGAAUGACACCUUUCAGAUAGUGGAGGAUAUGAAUUUGUUAUACAUACGACAAAUUUCUAAGACGUUACAGAACACUAACUUGCAAGAAAAGCUGGACUUUGAGGUGCGAAUGCGAGAGGGGGCCUAUAAGCUGCUGCUCGCCUGCAGUAAGAGAGAGCAAGUUCUCAACACCUCCAAGAACCUACUGACCUGCAAUGCCAGGAUCAAGGCUUAUUUGACUCAUCUCCAGAAGAUAAAACAGGAACAAGACAUGAUGGGGUCAGCCAAGGGACCUGAUCCAGAUUCAGAUGACCGUGUGCCCUGUAAUGGGACAAUUGCAAUAUCAGGGCUGCGUGUUCCUUUGCUGUGGAGGGAUUCGGACCACUUUAACAAUAGAGGGAGCUCUCGUCGAGUGGCAGUGUUCUGUCUGCUGCAGACUGGCUCCGAGGUGUUUGACACAGAGAUGGUGGUGGUAGACAGAUCAAUUACUGACAUCUGCUUUGAGGGGGUCACCAUCUUUAAAGAAGCAGUUCCUCAGUUUGACCUGAGGGUGGAGCUGUGGAGCUGUGCCCUGGAGGAAGAGCUCACAAUGGCAAACACACCAAAGAAACUGGCCAAGAAGUUCCGAAACUCCUUUGGAAAACACAUCCAAACACUUCUUUGA